UGAGCUGACCGUGGUCCGUGGCAUCCCUGCAGGGGGACCCAGCCCCCGUGGCUCCCUGGGGGACUCUCUGGCUUUCCUCUCCUUCCCUCCUCUGCAGGCUGAUGCUGGGCUUUAUGGGCGUCACCGCCUUCCUGUCCAUGUGGAUCAGCAACACGGCCACCACGGCCAUGAUGGUGCCCAUCGUGGAGGCCAUGCUGCAGCAGAUGGAGGCCACCAACGUGGCCACCGAGGCCAGCCUGGGGGGCCUGGAGCUGGCAGACAAGGGCAAGCCCGGUGAGCUGCCAGGGAGCCAAGCGACCUUUGAAGGCCCCCCCGAGGGGCGGCAGGCUGACCGGGACAGGAGGAGCAUGAGCAAGGCCAUGACUCUGUGCGUGUGUUACGCGGCCAGCAUCGGGGGCACUGCCACGCUGACGGGGACGGGACCCAACGUGGUGCUUCUGGGCCAGAUGCAUGAGCUGUUUCCUGCCAGCAAAGACCUGGUGAACUUCGCCUCUUGGUUUGGGUUCGCCUUCCCCAACAUGCUGGUGAUGCUGCUGCUAUCUUGGCUGUGGCUCCAGGCUGUGUACCUGAGGUUCAGUUUUAGGAAGUCCUGGGGCUGCGGGCUGGAGAGCAGGAAUCACGAGAAGGCUGCCUACCAGGUGCUGCAGGAGGAGUACAGGAAGCUGGGGCCCUUCUCGUUCGCCGAGGCCAACGUCCUGCUCUGUUUCCUCCUGCUGGUCGGCCUGUGGUUCUCCCGGGACCCCGGCUUCAUGCCCGGCUGGGUGUCGCUGGCCUGGGAGGAGGGCGAGACAAAGUACGUGUCUGAUGCCACCGUGGCCACCUUCGUGGCCACCUUGCUGUUUGUCAUGCCCUCGCAGAGGCCCCAGUUCAACUUCCGCGGCCAGACCGAGGAGGAAAGGAAAACUCCUUUUUAUCCCCCUGCGCUGCUGACCUGGAAGGUGACCCAGGAGAAAGUGCCGUGGGGCAUCGUGUUGUUGCUGGGGGGCGGCUUCGCGCUGGCCAAAGGAUGUGAGGCCUCGGGGCUGUCCGAAUGGAUGGGGAAGCAGAUGCGGCCCUUGUACUCUGUGCAUCCUGCCGCCAUUACCUUGAUCCUGUCCCUGCUUGUUGCCGUGUUCACGGAGUGCACAAGCAAUGUGGCCACCACCACCCUGUUCCUGCCCAUCUUUGCCUCCAUGUCCCGUUCCAUCGGCCUCAACCCGCUGUGUGUCAUGCUCCCCUGCACCCUGAGCGCGUCCUUUGCCUUCAUGUUACCGGCGGCCACCCCACCUAACGCCAUCGUGUUUGCCUACGGACACCUCAAGGUUUCUGACAUGGCAGCUUUGCUUCUCUUUGGCAAUGAUCUCAAAUUUCAUAGACCGUUCUGUCUCCCAGAGCUGAGAGGUGAAAACAGGACUCAUGAUGAACAUAAUUGGAGUCUUCUGUGUGUUUGUGGCGGUCAACACCUGGGGACGGGUCAUAUUUGACUUGGAUCAUUUCCCUGACUGGGCUAAUGUGACGAAUAUCGAGACUUAGGGACAGCCGCACACCACCCGCCCUCCUGAGGACCCCCGAGCCUUCCAGCACACCUUGCAGCAGAGUUUUGGGGUUCACUCCCCAAAGUGAUCCCCCAAGUGAUGCCCACACCCCCACGGAGACCCAGCCAGGCCCAGGUUCAGAGCUGGGGACGGGCAGCUGCUGGGCGGAAGUGGAGGGAGCCUCCGGAGACACCGGGGCGUCUGCUUUCCCGGGGGACCUGCCAUCCCUUCUGGGACAGGUGGGCUGCAGAGGGACCAGGACGCAGGCCGCCAGCUGGCCACCAGCUGGGCUCUGGUGUCCACUCGCUUAGUCCCAGGGUCAUCGAGGUGGGGAUCAGAUCCCAGCUUGGGACGCAGGAGAGCGUGGGCCUCCUGCAGCUCGCCUCGGCUGCCUCCGGGCUCUCCUGUUACCUGAAGGGACAACCUCACCCAGGGACACAAUGUCUGAUCCCGGGCAGCUUCCCGCCACCGAGAUCAGAGCCUCCUGGAACCAUGGGGAGAACGGUGCCGCCACUGAAGGAUGAGGAAUUUGGGCGAGAACUUCCGGCCGCCUCGGCCCACAGCUGCUGGCUAACCUGCUCCGCUCCUUACCUUGCUCCAUCUUAGCGGACAAUCUGGACCCCUUCGCUGUCCUCCCACGCACCCCCUUUGUCGUGGGCCGACGUAUGCUUGGACCCCCUGGCCGGGGCCCUCCAGCGCACCAACUUCUCCCGGGCGGCUCGGCUUCUCCGGUCACACCACACAGCUGGGGUCACACUCCAAGUACGGGCAGCGAUGGCUCCUUUGGGGCCCCCAGUGGGUAUCUGGGGCCUCUGCCACCUCCAGGUGCAGAGUGGACGCGGCUGUUACCAGCCGGGAGCAGGGGCCCGUCAGAGCUGGUCAUGGCAGAGCGUGAGUGCCCCUUUGCUGACCGGCCUUUGCAGCCGUGCUUGGUGGCAGCCAAGCUUGCUGAGAACAAGCCGCGCUCGGUGGCCCCUGAGCAUCUGAGGAUGCGGGGGCACCGCUUGCCGAGCGGCCACGGGGACCCUGUGACAGAGACGUGACAGACACCCAGCCCCACCCACCACCCACCACCCUCCUUUUCUUUGUGGGAGAGAAGCGGGGGCAGGAGCAUGUUAGGUUCAUUGACGGCAUCGUUCAGGGCAGGAGAAGGUCGGGAACUCAAGGAAAUGCUCUUGAGGACAGGGAUGUCCCCUCGAGGACCAGGGUGUCUCCGGCUCCUGGGGUGGGAGGGUUCCUGACGGCCCCACCUGUCUUCCACGGGUAGGGGCGCUGGCUCCAGCUUUCUACCCUGGCAGGGGCCUCACCACCCCCCUCCCGUCCCUGGCGCUCCCGCCGGCUCUCUCCCGGGGUCCUUGCUGCGGCCCCGUGACAUAGGCUAGUGUUGUCAUCCUCAGCUGUCUCCCGAGGACUCCGAGGCUCCAAGGGGCCAAGUCAUGCGUCCAAAGUUGUGUAUUAAGUUAGUGGCACUUAGGGCCCCAACCGGACCUUCCACCAUCGUGUCCACUGCUCCUCAUCUAGCCGUUAAGGGCCUUGGUCCCCCAGGGGCCUGCAGGGAACGGUGAGCACGUCCACCCCACGGCCUGCCUGCUCAGGGGACAGUUUCGCACGAGCUGCUUCCUCAGAGGCGGGCUCAGGACAGCGGGGGGCAUCUAGCUGGAGAGAGCCGAGGGUGGCUGCCCAUCCCCUCCAGGGCAAGCCGGGCCACUCCUGCCGUGGACGACUGAGGGUGGCCCCGGGGACCUGCGCUGCCUGCUGGUCCAGCUCCAGGACGCUGGCUGACCCAGAGCAGGCCCCCGUGCGUGCGGCCGGGAAGGAGUGAGCGAUCUGUGCGGCCGGUCGGCGCACACCCAGGGGUCGUGAGGGAGGUCACCAGGGCCAUCGGGGUGGCCAGGCUGCGGCGGGGGGGAGGUGCGGGGCUCCACCCGGCCGGCAGCAAGCUGGCCGGGGGCUUCCGGAGAGCGGGCCCCCGGGCCGAGGACUCUGACCACAGGCUGAUGCUGCACAACUUCUGAAGCCGGAGCUGCUCUGGAGUUUAGGGCCGAUCAGGACUACGUUUGGCUGCAGGUGACGGCAGCAUGAACCAGGUGGGCGUUCAAUGUCGACGGGACAGGGAGUCGGAGGGACGCGGCUGCUGGGGCCGCGGGGCUCCUGAGCGCACCACGCCUUCACGGCCGUGCCCGAGCCUCGUGCAUGCUGCACACCGCGUGUGCCCUGCAGGCAGGAGGAAGGGGCGGGACGGGGCCUGCUGCGUCCUCCCCUUUCUCAGGAGGCCGGCAGCCUGCCCUCCGCGUGUAACAGCCGCACUCAGGCGUUGACAAAGGCUAAUCCGAGCAUCAAGCGUCGUCAGCGUAUCACGAGACCAAUCAGGACCCAUCUCCUGGGCUCGGGGAAUGGGCCUGCGUUUCCUUAAACCGGGAGGUUUGCACCCGCCAGGAAGUCUGGGUUCUGGCAGGAAAACAGUGGGGGUGCUGUAGGUUGGUGAUGAACAGGGUCUGUACUCUGAGCCUUUCAGGGGCUGCCCUCCCUCCAGGCUCCUCUCUGGGCCUCAGUUUCCAUCAGGAAGGGGCCCCUGUCUGGGGCUGCUGCAGUGUGGCCCCCCGCCCCACGUGGGCUUGGCCUGGAGUCUGUUACUUGGCCCUCCUCUGGUCUUCGCCAUUUGCUGGAAAUCCUCUCAGACCUCUUCCCCGUCAACAUUUUGCCUCUUACAUUUUGUAACGAGGUUCUGCCCCAGACCCCUGUCCUCUCUUCUUAGCCCCUGGAUCAGACAUCUGGGCCCGAGGUUCGCUGAGCACACAAUUCUGACCAGGGCUGCUGUCUGAACUGGGCACCAGUGACUUACGACCCCACCAGGGCCCCGUGCCUUGCAGAGGUCUUCAUCCACGACCCCAGAACUGGGGUGUUUCCCUGUCCCGCAGAGCUGAGACCUUGCUUAGGGCAAGAUCCGAGGCUCCCUCCUCGGCAGGGCCAGUGAGCAGGUGUCUCCUCCCAUCAUGUCUCCCACGCCGGCCACUAACGGACAGCAAGAAGUCUGCUCUGGGCCCCGAGCUGGGAAGGAGCUCAGCAGCAGGUCCAGUCCUCAAAAUGAAUACAGGCAUGUCCUUGCUCGUAGAAAUAAAGACCAAAUGCGGGACCGUCUGGUUAAAAGCUGCACGAGACAGUCCUCCUCUCGGCUCCUAACCGCGUCUUCAACAUGCUCCCUCCCUCUGGUCCCACAGCCUCUUAAAAGCUGUGUCUCCCAAGCUACCAGGGAAGCUUCUUUUCAAAAUAAAAAUAAAAACAAAUAAAGUUCCUCUAAGAUCACUCCUCCACAGCACGGGAAGGGUUUCCACGUCCUUCGAUGGAAAUCUUGUCAUCAGGGUCUGAAACCCUUGCACUCAGACAGUCAGUUUUAUUUCUCUUGAUGUCCGGACUCAGGAUUCGGGUUCUCGCUUCCCUGGUCUGCUUGUCCGAACGCCCACAUCCAUCCUUGGAGACGCAGGCUGCCUCUGGCUGGCUGCCGUCCGGCACCUGCUUCUGGCUCUCGAACGAGGGUCGAGAAAUACCAGAAUUCAGUCUCAGAAUCCUGUUAUCCAAUCAGGAAAGCUUGGCUAGUUUUUGCCUUUAAGAAGUUAACAGCAAACCCAUACAAGAAACCCCCAUAGUGCAAAACAGGGUUGAGAGGUGUCCCUCCGGCACAGAUCGAGGCCUCCCACCGCCCCCACCCAGGAGGGAGUUUGCCCACAGUGUCUCCCACGACCUUCCAGAAACAUCCCCUAUAUAUAAGCUUCUGCCGUAGAUGCACGUCCUCUUCAUCACACGGGGGAGCAUCCCCACGUAGCGUGUGUCCUCGUUUCCACCCCUCCCCUUAAUUUAUUUGGAGAUCAUUCCAUUUCAGGACCUAUUAAUUGUGACUAUCUUUUCAUUCAAUAGUUGAUUUUGUUUUAAAUUGAGGUAACAUGAAAUUCGGCGAAUUGCACAGAUCUUGAGUGUACCGUUCGGUGUUUUAGACACCUGCAUGCACCUUGUAAACAACACCCCCCCUUCCAGUACCCCGCCCCUCCCCCCAGGCACGGGCCCAUUUUGCUCCUUGAACUUCAUACAAAUGGAACGUAAUGUACAUACUUGUUCGUGUCCGACAUAUUUGCUGAACAAAACACUUCUGAUAUUCAUUCCUUUGUUAUUGUUGAUGAGUGGUGCUCUGUGGUGUGAAUAGGCCACGGUUGGUUUGACCUUCGGGGUGUCCCAGUUUGGGGCUAUCGUGAAUAAAGCUGUUAAGCUCUCUGCACGAGCCUGUUUGUGGACAUGUGUUUUCGUCUCUCUCUGGUGCGUGGCCGGGAGUAAGCCCCAGCCUUCUUGGAAGCUGCGUCGUAUUCCAUCGUGAGCCCAGCUAAGAAACAAGUCCCUACUGACGGGUCCCUGCCAGUGUUUCCCUAACACUGUAAUAAACGUGUCCCUGCUUACAUCUGCGUGAACCUACGUGGGGAGAGCACUUUCCUGAAGGGUGGGCUGGAUGAAAGGCUAUGUGCAC